ACGUGUCGUCGUGUUCAUGCCUUGUCAAAAUCGUCUCUCUCAGUCUGAUUACAUUCAAUUUAUUUAGAAAUAGAAAGUGUUUUGCUAAGUUUAUGUGAGUUAGUUACAUUGGUAAAAUGUUCAAUAAUUCUUUAUCAUAGUAAUUUAACUACUAACAAGACUUGUGUAGUAUUAACCAGGAAGAAAAACAACACACAUCAAAAUGGUUUUAGCAGAUUUAGGUCGAAAAAUUACCACUGCUCUGCAGUCCCUGAGCAGGGCUACAAUAAUCAAUGAAGAAGUGUUAAAUUCUAUGCUGAAAGAGAUAUGUGCUGCUCUAUUGGAAGCUGAUGUGAACAUCCGUCUCGUGAAGAACCUGCGGGAGAAUGUGCGCGCCGUCAUCGACUUCGACGAGAUGGCGGGAGGGCUCAACAAGAGACGGAUGAUACAGUCCGCCGUGUUCAAAGAACUUGUCAAGUUGGUUGAUCCAGGAGUGAAGCCCUACCAGCCAAUCAAAGGAAAGCCAAAUAUCAUAAUGUUUGUUGGUCUACAAGGAUCAGGAAAGACCACAACUUGUACAAAGUUAGCAUACCACUACCUGAGGAAGAACUGGAAGUCUUGCUUGGUGUGUGCUGACACAUUCCGAGCUGGUGCUUAUGACCAGGUCAAACAGAACUGUACUAAAGCCAGAAUACCUUUCUAUGGAAGCUAUACAGAAGUAGACCCCGUGGUGAUUGCCACCACAGGAGUAGAGAUGUUCAAGAAGGAAGGCUUCGAGAUGAUCAUUGUGGACACGAGCGGCCGGCACAAGCAGGAGGAGUCCCUGUUUGAGGAGAUGUUGGCUGUUGCUACGGCUAUUAAACCCGACAACAUAAUCUUCGUGAUGGACGCGACGAUCGGGCAGGCGUGCGAGGCGCAGGCGCGCGCCUUCAAGGACAAGGUGGACAUCGGCUCCGUCAUCAUCACCAAGCUCGACGGACACGCCAAGGGAGGAGGCGCCCUGUCCGCCGUGGCCGCAACACAGAGUCCCAUAAUCUUCAUCGGUACGGGAGAACACAUUGAUGACUUGGAGCCAUUCAAAACGAAACCCUUCAUAAACAAACUACUGGGCAUGGGCGACAUCGAGGGACUGCUGGACAAAGUGAAUGAACUGAAGCUAGAUGAUAACGACGAGCUGCUCGAGAAACUGAAACACGGCCAGUUCACGCUCAGAGCCAUGUACGAACAGUUCCAGAACAUCAUGAAAAUGGGACCCUUCUCACAGAUCAUGGGCAUGAUUCCGGGUUUCUCGCAAGACCUCAUGUCAAAGGGCAGCGAGCAGGAGUCGAUGGCGAAGCUGAAGCGUCUGAUGACGAUCAUGGACUCGAUGAACGAGGGCGAGCUCGACCACCGCGACGGCGCCAAGCUCUUCUCCAAGCAGCCCACGCGCAUCACGCGCGUCGCCAACGGAGCAGGAGUCACGGAAAGAGAUGUCAAAGACCUCAUAACUCAGUACACGAAAUUCGCAGCAGUAGUAAAGAAGAUGGGCGGAAUCAAAGGACUCUUCAAAGGCGGCGAUAUGGCCAAGAACGUGAACCAGACCCAGAUGGCUAAACUCAACCAACAGAUGGCGAAGAUGAUGGACCCGCGCAUCCUGCAGCAGAUGGGCGGCAUGUCGGGCCUGCACAACAUGAUGCGGCAGCUGCAGCAGGGCUCCAGCGGCAUGAGCGGCCUCAUGGGCGGGAAAUGACAGUAAACCCAACGCCCAUUUUGUUAUAGAACCAUAUUAUUAUAUCCAAUAAAAUGAUAACAACUUCCA